AUGCGUAGUCGAGGUCUUGGCUUCAAUCUCAAGACUUACGUCGAUUCUGUCAUGGCCAACGACAACACCGCCAACUUGAAUGCUCAGACCCCACGGUCCAGUAAAUUUCUCCAAUGGAUGGAAGACGAUGUGCCCAUCAUAGACUCCAAAGAGAGCUUUUCAGAUAUCACCUUCAAAGUCUUCACUUACAUCGCCAAAGCCGUCGACGCUGCCUAUACCUACGAACAACUCCGCACGUCAGUUGCUGGCCAAACGCUGAAACCUCUGAUUGCCAAUCUGAGUGAGGACUGCCAUCAUCCAGCAAUUGUUGCUGCGCUUCUAGCGGCGAGAUAUCUCUUCACCAACGAUGCCGAAGAUGCAGACAGCGCCCUUAACGAAAGUCGAGCGCUUGCUUGUGAGCUGGUCGCGUGGCAGUUCUUGACCUUCUUGUCGGAGAAAGAACUGAUUGAUUACCUUCUCUACGAGCUUCCUGAGUAUUCCGAAGAGCCUCGUCCAGACGAUAGCGGGCCUGGCAGCCAUGAUGAUAGCACAUCCGACGAGACUUCCCCUCUCAUUCGCGCGACUUCCAGCGAAUACGGCGGCCUUCGCCCACCGAAACGUGUCUCGGUCGACAACCCGGUGGGCACAUCGGUCAGUUUCCCAGGUGAUGCAGAUGGCUCUGCGCGCUUGAACCUUGAUCAAUCAAUGGCUGGAAUGAACGCCUUGGAGAUUGCUGCCAUUGGCGAUGCAAAGAAGUUUCUUUCUCAAAAGCCCGUUCAGAAGAUUGUCGAAGACAUUUGGAAUGGCGACGUUAUCUUCUGGGAGUCUCUCUCAGUCCAUGCGGUCAAGAAGCCUCGCGCGUACAACAAGCGUGUCGCCGACCCUUUCACGCGAUUGCGGGUGCCGAAAUACCAGAAGGCCUUCCAAGUUGCAUUCUUCAUUUCCUUCCUGAUCCUCUACUAUGCCGUCCUUGUCGAAAGGGACCCUCUGCACAUCACCGCAACGGAAGCGGUGCUGUAUGUCUGGAUUGCAGCCUUUGCUUAUGACGAAUUUGGUGAGAUCAAAGACGCUGGUUUGAUGUUCUACCAGACGGACUUCUGGUCAUUGUGGGAUAUCGCAAUCAUUGGCGUCUCUGCAGCUUUCGUCAUCAUGAGGAUCAUUGGCUUGGUGAAGAAUAGUGAUUAUAUCAUUGAUGUGGCUUUCGACAUCCUGUCAAUGGUGGCCUUGUUCCUGGUCCCAAGGAUCUUUUCCGUCAUGAGUCUCAAUCCUUAUUUUGGCAGCCUGAUACCCGUACUGAAAGAAAUGACCAAAGCAUUUUGCAAAUUUCUCCCUGUCAUCAUUGUUCUUUACCUAGGGUUCUUGACCACCUUCACGAUGCUCGCUCGAGACCGCAUGACACUCAAUGAAAUGUCUUGGCUUCUGAUCAAAGUCUUCUUUGGAUCGAGCUACCUUGGAUUUGACAUGGCUGUCAAGAUAUCCCCAUUGUUCGGCUAUACGUUAAUGCUGAUUUUCGUGUGCUUGACCAACAUCUUGCUCAUUACAUCUCUUGUCUCAUUGGUGUCGAAUUCGUUGACAGAGGUCAUGGCACAUGCAAGAGAGGAAUACCUCUUCCAGUAUUCAAUCUACGUUCUCGAGAGCAGUACCUCCCGGCGACUGACCUACUUUCUGCCGCCACUCAAUUUAUUCCCAUUGAUCCUGCUGCGACCCCUCCGACUUGUCCUCCCAUCAGAAGAUGUCCGCCGAAUACGGAUUGCAAUGCUCAAAGCCACCCAUGUUCCAUUCCUUGCCAUUAUUUGGGCCUACGAGAAGUCAAGACGUAUAGUCUCUCGUUCCCAUCCAACAAUGAGCAAAGCUCCGCAUUUAACUAGUCGUCCCCUCAGUGCAGGUCACUUCAGUCUUGGUGGCGGCCCAGACUUCGUCAAGUCACCAAUGAACCGACGCACCCUUCACGAACCGUCUCCAACGACCACUCCAGACAUGACCGGCUCCACUAUGAAAUCCGCCUCGGGCAGUGCCGAUAAUGCAGACUUGAUGGCUCUUGUCCAAAAGCUGAGUGCUCAAGUUGAUGGAUUGACUGCUAUGGUGGCCGGUCAACAAAAAGAUUGA